UCCUCAAAUAUAAAUUUUUUUUAAAAAAAUAAAAAAUUAUGGCACUUGGAAACUCACAAAAAAAAGAAAAAGAAGAAAAAAAAAAACCGUCACGCCCCUCAUACCAUGGCUCCACUAAUGGCCACACAAAAAAAACUAGGCUCAGCGCCAUUCACUAGAAUCCAUAGAAGCAAUUAACCAGUCACACGUGUUCAAACCUUCCCAGUUGCUUUCCCUCUUCGCCACGUUUCAUCUGCCAUGACCAAAUCCUCCUCCCCCAUCCCUCUGCCACUCACAACCCCCUCCACUUCCUCCCAACUGCCAACCCCCCUCUCUCUCUCCUCCCAUGACCAAAUCCUUAUCCCUGUAUCCCUCUACCAUCACCAAAACUCUCCUUUCACCUCUCUCCUCCCCCCUAAAAAAAAAUAAACAAAGAAAACUACCCUCUAUUCCUCCAUUCCUCUUUCCUUCACCACCAACCAUCAAUCAAAGUCUCAUAUUAAACAAAAGAAAAAAUUUUCUUACCCCCUCUCUCCUUUCUCCUUUACUCCUGCGGAAAAUCCCCAAUUCCCACUCUCUUGGGACCGAAUAAUUAAACAACAAAUCCCAAACUCCAAAAUACGAAAAGAAACUUACCAAAGAAAAACUAAAGAGAUGUCAGGAGGAGUAGGCCCAACCGCCGGCGGCGACGACAUCCGGCUGCCGAAAGAGGAGGAGGAGGUGAAGUACCACCACCCCGCCGCCGCCGCCCACUCCCCCCGCCGCCGCUUCUUCUCCUUCCGCCAGCUCAACGCCCUCGCCGUCGUCAUCGUCCUCUCGGCCUCCGGCAUGGUCGCAGCCGCCGACCUCGCCUUCGCCCUCUUCUCCCUCGUCUACCUCCACCUCCUCUCCUCCGCCGCCUUCCCCCUCCUCCUCCUCCCCCGUCCCCGACCCCCGGUCUUCGGCUUCCGCAACCCCCUCCUCGCCGCCUACGUCUCCGUCGGCGCCCUCCUCGGCCUUCUCCUCCCCAUCGCCUACAUCCUCGAUGGUGUCCUCGCCGGCGACAAGGAGGGCAUCAAGGCCGCCACCCCCCACGUCUUCCUCCUGGCCGCCCAGGUCUUCCUCGAGCACGUCACCUUCUCCGGCUGCUUCUCCCUCCCCAUUCGCGCCUUCGUCCCCAUCUGCUACAACACGAAGCGCCUGUUCACCCUCGCCGACUGGGUCCGCCACGAGAUCGGCAAGGUCGAGGACGAUCACGGCUCGCCGAGAAGGUUGUUCGUCGGCCGGGCGCUCGCUGUCGCCAAUCUGGGAUUCUGGGCCUUUAACCUGUUUGGAUUUUUGCUCCCCGUCUAUCUCCCCAGGGUCUUCAAGAGAUACUACGGCGGUGGUUAUGAUAACGAGGCUAAUAAUAAAAAGGUCGAGGACCUCAAGGCUAAAUAGUUAUCUGUUAUCUACCUCUCUGCCUAUUUAUCUAUCUAUUGUUACCGUAUGAUCUUGGAUGUUCCUAUUUCUUCAUCUUUUUUCUUUCUUCUACGUGUAAACAGUUGGGGUGUAUUUUAUCUUUUCUGAGUCUUGGUUUUGUGUAAUUUGAAUCAAAGGCAAUUAAUAAGAAUUAUAUGUAUUGGAUU